UACCACCACCUCCUCGACGUCCCCCUCUUGCAUCCCACCGUAAUACUCCCCUUGUUCAUACCCCCCAGAGCCUCAAUGGCAGCCACUCGUUCCCUCCUCCCCCUCCUCCUCCUCGGGCAAUCCCUAGCCCACUCCGACCUCCUCCCACGGGCACAUCACGCCCGUGCCCCCUUGGACGGGACGGGGACGACAAUCACAGCUGCUCCUGCUGCUUCUGAAAUCGCGCUUGCGAAAAGGCAGGACGCGACCAGCACGUGUAAUUUUGAUCUUGUCUCCGCUCAGGUGGCUUUUGAUCAGAUCCCCUAUCAAGUCGACCCUUGCACGGACGGUAGGGGACCGCAGUAUGGGUACAAUAUGUGCAACUCUACGACUCAGAACCAGGAUUCACUUUGUCAGACGAUUUAUCUGAACAACCUUGCUGACUUUUGCGUCUGGGCACCCCCAACUCCUAAUACCAACAUCUCCGAUUCCGAAGGGUACGAAGUCGCCUGGUGCACCAAGAACGGGCACGGCACGCGGCUGAUCCCCGACGGAGCGCUCAAGGGUGCUCAGCUCCUGCGCACGCCAAACUAUAUCCAGAUUGUUGGGUUCAUCGAUCAGACGAUGAUUAAUAUGCCUGCGGAUGAUGAGGGUGGAGAACUGGAUGGGAGGGGGCAGGAUAACCGUGGGAACCCCAUGGGUGGCCUGACUUAUUCCAACGCGUACAACGGCAGCAACACGACUUACUACCAGAUGCUAAACUGGCAAUGGUUCAUGGGCUCCGACAUCUUCUGCGCCAAGAUCUGCCCCGGAGCGGCGUACGACCCCGACGCCUACGCCUACUGUUUCAACCAAGACGACGAAGUCGGAUGUAACUACAACAUGCCCAACGCCGCCCAGAACGGGACGUUCGAAGUCUGCGACGCGGAUAACGCUCCUCCUGUGGGACAGUAUGUGGGUGCGGACGGGAAGACGUCCACUUGGACUCAGGGGUGGACUGGGUUUUCGACCAUUCCCUAUACGCCCAUUCCCCCGAGUAGCAGUAACUGCGUGACAUACCAAUCGGCGGAACUGUUUACCGAUCUUGCGGGGGUGUUGCCUAGCUCUGCGCCGGCAUCGUUGACCGCUUCUUCGGCAGGGGCGACCAAUACCGUCGCGGCUGGGAAUGGGGCGGGGACGAGCAGGAACGCUGCUGGAUCUGCACCGACGAGCGGGGCGAGCACGGGCACGGGCACUUCUAGCGCUCCUGCUGCUAUGGCGGGGUUGCCGAUUGUGGGGAUGGGAUUGCUGGCGCUUGUUGGGGGGUUGUUUGUGCUAGUUUAGCCAUUUGCCUGCGGGUGGGGUGAUGACAAGGACUGCUCACUUUUUGACUUUUUGACUUUUGACUUCUUUUUUUUUUUUACUUUUACGUUCUUUAAGCAUACCUAGC